GCGGCGAGAAAGUGAACCUGUCCAAUCAGAGCAGACGGAUCCAGGAAGGAAGUAUCCCCCAUGCAGAACAGUUGUUGCAAUAAUUUCAAAAGAACUUCCUUAUAAUUCAGUGCAUGUGUUUCCUCGUACAAAUGCUUAAUCUGCAAGGCGAAACAUUACAGAAAGAAAAAAGAGUUUAAGAUGGGAUACAUGACAGUAGAGGAGCACAGCUCCACCCUGCUCCACCUGAAGAGAUCACCGGGCAUUCGUUCCUGGUCUCUUCUUGUCGGUAUAGCUUCUGUUGGGCUGGCAGCUGCCUACUACAGCUCAGACAGCAUCUUGUGGAAGCUUUUCUACGUGACCGGCUGUCUGUUUGUAGCCAUGCAGAACAUGGAGGAAUGGGAGGAGGCUGUGUUUGACAAAACCAAGAACCUGAUUGAGCUCAAGACGUUUAGCUUGUACGCUCUAGUCCUGACGUUGUGGAAGAAGGGUCAGGAGAGAGUUGUGUUGGAUCUGACACAGCUGUGUGACAUCUGCGUCCAGGAAGAGAAGGUUCGCUAUUUGGGGAAGGGCUACGUGCUGAUGCUGCGGCUGGCUGCCGGCUUCUCCUACCCCCUGACUCAGAGUGCCACACUGGGGGGACGCAGUGAUGUGGAGGCGUUGGCUGCAUUGCUGAAGCGCUUCCUGGGGCUGGAGGAGCUGCAGCAACGCAGGCAGCAGGACGAAGAGGCAGAGUACGGAGAGGAGGAAGAUUCUUUGGACAACAGCAGCGAUUCAGAUGAUCAAGCAGACAAACUCUGAUCUCCGUGUGACUUGCAACCUUCAUUCAUUUAGGGGCAUUAUGGUAUUGCUUUGGCAUUACAGAGGGUGCCUAUUAUUAGUGAAGCCUUCACUACAUGUUAUACUUUCAGCAUUUGCAUGAAACACCAAGAAGAUAGCCUCUUUCAGUUUCUCCUCACAGACUUCCUUCAUCAUAUAUUUUUUUUUUGUAUGUCAGAUGGGGUUAUGGCAGCCUCGGGAGGCUAUAGUAAAAUGUUUUUUUUAUUUAAUUUUCAUGUGAACUGGGAUGAAGAAAUCAUCCAAUUAAAUG